UCUCUCUCCUCUUUUUUCUUAUGAUUCAAGCAAAUCACACGACUUGUAAAAGCCACCAUGCAUGAUGACCACAUCCUAGUUGAUUUUUUCUCAGAAUUAUCACCAGAGCAAUCUUCAUUCACUCCCCAUAAAUACCCAUCUCUCUUCCACCAUAACCUCACAAACUUUGAGUGAAAAGAAAAGUAAAGAAAAUGAGGUCUCUUGGAGUACUAGUUUUGUUCUCUCUUUUCUUCAUGGUAAUGUCCUUGGCACAAGGACAGAAUGUUGGAUCUCUUGUUAGCAAAGCGCUGUUUGAUCAGAUGUUGAAGCACCGCAACGACGCCAACUGCCCCGGCAAGGGUUUCUACACCUACGAGGCUUUCAUAGCUGCUGCCAAUUCCUUUGGAGGUUUCGGGACAACCGGAGACACCCCUACUCGUAAAAGAGAGAUUGCAGCCUUCUUGGCUCAAACUUCACAUGAAACUACAGGUGGGUGGGCAAGUGCACCAGAUGGUCCUUAUGCAUGGGGAUACUGCUUUGUUCGGGAACAAGGCAAUCCACCUGAUUACUGCGUUGCAAAUAAUCAAUGGCCGUGCGCUCCUGGUAAAAAAUACUUUGGUCGUGGCCCCAUCCAAAUUUCAUACAACUACAACUAUGGUCCAGCAGGAAAAGCCAUAGGGUCUGAUCUGUUAAACAAUCCAGACUUAGUUGCAACCAACCCAACCAUAUCAUUCAAGACUGCACUCUGGUUCUGGAUGACACCACAGUCACCAAAGCCGUCGUGCCACAAUGUCAUCACCGGAAAAUGGACGCCUUCUGCUGCAGACAAUGCAGCGGGUAGGGUACCGGGCUAUGGAGUCAUCACCAACAUCAUAAAUGGUGGAAUCGAAUGCGGAAAAGGCGCGAAUGCUCAGGUGCAGGACCGUAUUGGAUUUUACAAGAGGUACUGCGACAUAUUGGGAGUGGGAUAUGGCAACAACCUGGACUGCUACAACCAGAGGCCUUUUGCUUAGGCAUUUGAUCAUUAACAGUUCCAGUUAACUGGUCACUUUUUAUAAUAAAAUAAAUCAAAGUUGAUUACUGAAUGUAUGCAGUAUGCUGUAGCUUCAAGAAUAAUCAAUCAACUUUUUUGUAUCCAGAUGAUAGGGUGCUAAUAUAUAUAUAUAUAUAUAUAUAUUUUAAUCAAUGAAAUUUUUAGUUUCUCUUUUU